AUGUCCCUCACCACAAAAACCCUGGUAAUCAAAUACCACAUCAACUUCGGCGACCGCGACCAUCCCAACGCCACCCCCUACCUCCUAGCCCGAAUCCCCCGCCCCAGCCGCCCAACACUCACCUACAACCACCCCAUCCGCGUCCCCCAAGACGCCGUCUUUGCCAUCAACAUAGUCCUCUCAGACCCAAACGUGUACCAGCUCGACGGGCCGGCCCUGCGCAAGACAGGUCCGGGGCUACCUGUGCGUAUCGUCGAUGACCUUCCAGUGGAGCAAUACACACCACGUCUGGACUCUGAGUCUAGAAGGGAUCGCACUGAGACGGCGCCGCGGGGGCGUCGAACUCCCAGGCAAGCACAGCGACCUCCCGCGAUCUCCUACCCGCGGACAGCGGACUCGCUUCCUCCACGUGAAGUUUACGCGCGGGCAUGCGCGCUGUUGAGGGAUGCUAGGGGCGUUGGAGAGGCUGAGUGGUCGGGUGCGCGGCGUCAGCGUCACGCGGAGAGUCGCAAUCGCAAUCGCGGUGCUGGACAAACGAGUACGCGCUGUUCUAGAGGGGGCCGAAGGGAAGACGGCAUGGAGAGGCAUGCCAACGCUAAUGCCAGUGCUCAAAUUGCUGGUCAGACUUGUCGGGAAGCUAACUCGAUGCGCGGCGGUAUUCAGCAGGCUUACAGGCGUGGAGGUGAAGAUAUGUCUCUGACUGAGCGCCCUCGAGAAGCUAGACAGUAUGGCAUCGGCGCUGACGUACAACGCACACGCACCAGCGCUCGUAGGAGUGGAUCCCAAGCUACCUCCCGUACCGUCGGCAAAUCGAGCACUCUACCAGAAGAAUCCCGGCAUCCUAAAGCCCGGGGCUCACCCGCUGAAAAACAAGCCCCUUCACGCACAACAGCACAGAAGAAGCCCGGGAACGGCACCAGGAGUCCAACCGCCCACGGUGUCUGUCGAGCUAUCCCCCCGGUGGAAGACAUUCUAUCCCGCUUUAAUGCUAUCUCACCGCCUGAUACGUACUCUUCACGGAGCAGCAUCGAUGAUAGCAUCUCUCACGCCAUCUCCGCCACGAACAACGCUCAUACUAGUUCUAGACUAACCGCUCUGUCCAUACCUGGAUCCUCCUCUCCACGACGCACUGCCCGGCAAGACAGUGACAGUGCUCUCAACCCGCAUACACACCGGAAGAAGAAGCAGCAGGACAACCUCAACAACAAACGAGCCAAUGACUCCUCAUGCCUACCCUCGCGCUUAGUCUCUCCUCCCCACCGGCGACUCCACCACGCAGCAUCUUCAAACGCUCUGGCUCUGCACAAAAAGCCACACUGGGACACUCACACUCACCGUAGCUCUUCUCCCCCGCACAGCUCCUCGACGUCCUCCUCCGCGCAGCCCUCGAACCAUCGACGCAAGUCCAAGUACCCCAUCCACCCCAGCCCCCCCUUUCCCUCCCGUGCUCUGCCCGGCUCAUGGCCCUCCCCCUCCCCUUCUCCUUCCUCUUCCCCUUCUCCGUCCCCCACGCAGCACCCCAUAAACCUCCACUACACGCGCUACGCCAACGCACCCGUCCCGCGCAAAGCGCGCGUACGCGUACGCUUCGCCCCGGUAAAACAGUGCCACGCGCUCGACGGCCGUAUUUCGCACGAGGCGGUUGUGGACAACGAAGGGAAAACGGGGAAGCGGUGGCGGUGGCGGAAGAAGGCGGGCGAUCCGGUUAGGAACGUGGAUGCGGAUGUAAAUGCGGGGGAGGUGGCGGAGCUAGUGGAUAGGGAGGGUUGGUGUGGGAAAGGGGAGGAGUGA